UUUAAUUGUCAAACAAAGCUUUGACAAUCAUCUUGCAACAACAACAAACUCGCACAACUCGCAGCCAACUUUGUUCCUUCUUGUGUUCUGGGAUAAAAUCGCAAGGCCCGUGGUCCGUGUCCUUUCCUGCUGCUGUGCUGUGCUCUGGGUAUCAUGGCAGUAGGCAUCAACGAUUUGCCGAACGAAAUACUCGAGUUUGUGUUCAGCCUGCUGCCCCCGUAUCUCGAUCUGGAACAGUGCGCUGCCGUUUGCAAACGGUGGACGGCUCUGGCAAGGAAUGUACAGGCACGGAAGAAGUCGUGUUUGCAGAAGGGCCUGACCGAGUUCAAUCUCUGCUGGGAGGAGAAUGUGUACGGUGUGGCACCACGGAUUGCGGCCCGCUUCGGUCAUGCCAGCACUCUGCACCGGAAUUCGAUGUACGUGUUCGGGGGAGCCUCGCUGAACGAUUCGACCUUCAACGAUCUGUGGAAGUUUGAUCUAUCACGCCGAGAAUGGAUUCGUCCGAUCGCCAUGGGAUCCUAUCCGACACCGAAAGCUGGUGCGUCGCUGGUGUGCCACAAGGAUACGUUGAUUCUGUUCGGUGGCUGGCGACACGCCUCAACCGUGUUCCACAUGUACACGCUGAUCGAUGAUCUGCAUGUGUACAACAUUCGCGAGAACCGCUGGAGCAUCCACAAUGACCCGCUGUAUGGGCCACCGCCUAUGACGGGCCAUUCGGCGACGGUACAUCGCAACAAGAUGAUCCUGUUCGGAGGUUACGUCAAGCAGCAGGAGAAUCUGCACACGACCAACGACAUUUGGGUGUUGGAUCUAGACAAGUUGACCUGGAGGAAACCUCCAGUGUCGAACCUGAAACCUCCACCUCGGUACGGCCAGUUCCAGAUGGCCGUCGGUGAGGAUCACAUCCUAGUGCUCGGUGGUAUCGGUGGUGUUAAUCGUAUUCUCAACGAUGCAUGGUUGCUCGACAUGCAACGGGACCUUUGGUGUUGGAAGCGUGUGCAAAUCAAGAACCGGAUACCACCACUCGCCCAGAACUGGUGCUAUCCGGCGUGCAGCUUCGGAUCGAAGGUGAUCCUGUUGGGCCCCGCAUCACCAAACGAUUUUCAGAUCAUCCGCAUCAGUCGCUUCGGUGGUAUUCGACCGAUUGCGGCUCCUCCGCAGCAUGAACCCCGGAACCGCGUUGUAGGCCGGGAUCCUCCCGAUGCGUUACUGGGGCGGAACAACAUCGCUCGUCAACCACCACCACGAGCCAAUCUGCCGCCACCGGCAGUCGCUGCGAAUCCUCCUGCAAACCAACACAGAUCACCAGAGCAACCGCCGAGUGGCCUACUACGAUCCCCGAACAACAACAUUGCCGCCACCAGCAAUAGCAACAAUUAUAACGGUAAUGGUUCUGUCGGAAGUGAACCAAAGGCCGGUCCAUCGGGACUGCGGAUCCCCGCCAGCAGUAGCAGUAGUCCUCAGCUUGGCUCAACACUGUCCCCUCGGCCACUGCCAAUAAUACGUAGUGCGUUUGCGCGAUCCUCUUCGGAAGAUGAUCAUCUACCGAAGCGCUUCAACCAGCAGGCGCCCGAACAGAAUCACCUCGAAAUGGCGGCCUUCGGUGUUCCGCCUCCCGUUCCUCCCCGGCCGGCGGGUAACUCUCGCGAACGGCACUUGCAACGUUUGAGAGAGCUACGAGCGAAGCUGUUCAAGGAUCAGGAACCUCCGCAACAACCGAACGGUCAUCUAAACCCACCACCGGAUUUACGUGCCGCAAGAGGCCCCCUGAAAACACCGGCAUCCGAUGGGCCGAAGGCGGGCACCAUUAACGUUGGUGCCGCUGAUAAACCGCUCGGGCAACCGGACCCGGUAACACCGAAACGCGUGAAACGAAGCGGAUUGUCGAUCUACGUGUGUGACGUAUCGAACAUACUGCCAGUGAGUGCCGGUGAACCGUGGAUCGAGUGGCAGGAACCGAUCAACAGUGGUCAGAUAGCGGGGGCACCGGAUCGAUGUACUUUCUCCACGAUGGUCAGCGGUAAUGGGGAGCUGAUCGUGUUUGGCGGUGUCCACAAGCAUCAAAACCCAGAAACUAUGAUCGCUUCAAACGCUAUACACUUUCUCACCGUUCCGACGGCCGUCGUCUAGAUCAUCCCGAUCUCCCCUGGUCUCUCGAUUACGCCCCUUCCCAUUCCGGUUCCCGUUUCCGUUCCCGUUCCCGUUCCAUGUUAAGUAGGCUUUAAAGUCGAAAAUAGAUAACCGCUGCCGCUAACAAUGCACAAGCGCAAGCUCCGGUUGCUACUGCCGGCCAAGUAAAAAAAGUGUCCAUUCGCUAGGUAAAACGUAUAAAAAUACAUCAAAUAAUGGUUUUGUGGUGUGUUGUGCAGCUAAAGCUAAAUAAACGAAAUUUACAGAAUUUACCGAACCAAUUAAACCGAAGAAUUUACGAAAAACCGACAGAUUUAAAAAUUCGUA